CUCAUCCCAUUUAGGUAGCCACUGGGAGCACACAGCUGUGGUGUCGGAUUCGGGGCUGGCUAUUACGUGGGUUGUCGUGUCCUUCUUCUGCAAGGCCGGACCAUCAUGGCUACCUUCCUCGUGCUGAAUAACAACGCGAAGAUGCCCAUCGUGGGCCUGGGCACCUGGAAGUCCCCUCCAGGCAAAGUGGCUGAUGCAGUGAAGACUGCGAUUGAUGUCGGAUACCGCCACAUUGAUUGUGCCCAUGUCUACCAGAAUGAGAAUGAAGUAGGUGAGGCCAUCCAGGAGAAGAUCAAGGCAAAUGUUGUCAAACGGGAAGAUCUCUUCAUCGUCAGCAAGCUUUGGUGCACAUACCAUGAGAAAAGCUUGGUCAAGCCAGCCUGCCAAAAAACUCUGAGUGACCUGAAGCUGGACUACUUGGAUCUCUACCUUAUUCACUGGCCUACAGGAUUUAAGGCUGGAGAGGAUCUUUUCCCAUUGGAUGAUAAGGGCAAUGUGAUUCCCAGUAACACAAGCUUUUUGGAUACAUGGACGGCCAUGGAAGAGUUGGUGGAUGCAGGACUGGUGAAAGCCAUUGGAAUCUCCAACUUCAACCAUGAUCAGAUGGAGAAGCUCUUGACCAAGCCAGGGCUGAAGUACAAGCCAGCAGUUAACCAGAUUGAGUGCCAUCCUUAUCUCACCCAGGAGAAGUUGAUCGAAUAUUGCAAGUCCAAGGGCAUUGUGGUGACAGCCUACAGUCCCCUUGGUUCUCCAGACAGGCCAUGGGCCAAGCCAGAGGACCCUUCUCUCUUGGAUGACCCCAGGAUCCAGGCCAUUGCAGCAAAGCACAAAAAAACGACAGCACAGGUUCUGAUUAGGUUCCAUAUCCAGAGAAAAGUGGUUGUGAUCCCCAAGUCGGUCACCCCAUCCCGGAUUGCUGAGAACUUUCAGGUGUUUGAUUUCAAUUUGACUGAUGAGGAUAUGUCAACUAUACUCAGCUUCAACCGCAACUGGAGAGUCUGCGUCUUGACCAAUACUAUGUCUCACAAAGAUUACCCCUUCAACGCCCCGUUUUGAAGUUCUGGCUAGCUGUUGCCCAGUGUCUGGAUGACGGUCUCCUGAUGCUUGCAGCUCUGCCGACUCGUCCUGACAAAGAAUACCAUUCUUCUGCAUUGCAUUGGUCUACCCUGGCCUCUGCUUCUGAGAGCUGGGUCAGCCACUGAAUAUCCCCGUCAGAUCUUAGCUUGUUGGAGUAACUCCUGGUUUUCUGGACCCUCCUUCCUGCCCAGCUAGGAGUACAGAGUGACUACCCCCUCCCCAGAUGGGCCCUGCAAACAAGAAUUAUUGCUCCAGUAAAUGGUUUUCUUUCUUUUAGUAACAAGUAGAUUUCAUCUGCUUGAAGUUAUAAACCCUACCUUCUUGCUUUAAAUUAAAAAAAUCUUUCAUGUUA